CACACGCGCGGUGAGCUGCCGAGCCGCGGCCGCGGUUCAAAAUUUGCUUUUCUCGCUGAGGUACUCCGCGCAAGAGUGUGCAAAAUCACGACGGUGGUUUUUGCAAAGUUCCGCAAAGUGUUUUCAGCGUUUUUGCAGCAGCAAUUCGGUCUCUCCGGUAACGUUCUGUCCGGCGGAAGUAAUCUGCGUGUGAUUUGGUUCCGGUGAGCUUCGCCCUAGUUCGAAAUCGAGAUGCAAAACGUGGAGCUGGUCGUGGAGCGAAGGCUUCGGCCUAUUUUUGAGUCCAUCGAGAUAGGCAACUAUAAAAAGGCGCUGCAGGACGUGGAAAAGGUGUUGAAGAAAAAUCCCACCAUCCAAUGCGGUCGGGCGCUAAAAGCGUGGGCCUUUAUUCGUCUCGGUCGUGAUGAGGAAAGUGCGACCCUGAUUCGGGCACUAGAGCAGGAAACUCCUAGCGAAUCGACAACGCUGCAUGUGCUCACCCUGUGCUACAAAGAAACGGAUCAGCUGGACAAAAUCUGUCAACUUUUCAACAAUGCCGCGAAGCAGAAUCCGGGCAACGAAGAACUGCUUUCGCAGCUGUUCAUAGCGCACAUGCGAGUCAAUGAUUUCAAGGCACAGCAGACGGUGGCACUGCAGUUGUACAAAUUGCGGCCACGAAACCCGUUCUAUUUCUGGGCUGUGAUGAGCGUAGUGCUGCAGGCUUUGCGAGGGCCCGAUGCGAAGGACGAGCAAAAGUCUAAACUACUGCUGGUUUUAGCUCAGCGAAUGGUAGACAAGCUGAUCACCGAGAACAAACUCGAAGCAUCACAGGAGGUGCAGCUGUAUCUACAGAUCCUUCAGUAUCAGCUCAAGUACCAGGAAAUGUUGGAUUUCUUGGACGGAUCCGUAUGCCAGAAGCUAUAUCCCGGAGCCCCGCACUCAAUUCGUAUCGAUUUGUUUAAAAAACUCAACAAGUGGGCGGAUCUCAACAAACACAUGAAAAAGCUACUCGCUGAAGACCCUGACAGAUGGGACUAUUAUCAGGAAUACAUACAAUCGACGUUCGAACUCAUCAAAUCUAACGAUAGCACAUCGGAUACCGAUCAUACCGUAGAUAUGUGUCACGAAUUCAUUUGUGGGAUCAUAGAAACUCAACCGAGAAAGCACCGAGGUCCUUACCUCGCCCGGCUGGAAUUGAACCGGCUUAUGGUCGAACACAAGUACGAUCGGGAACAGCUGUUCGGCGAAUUAACCGAUAUGCUUCUAGAUUACUUUCGCACCUUCGGGGACAAAACGUGCUGUGCCAACGAUUUGAAGCUGUUCCUGGAGUACGUGGAGCCGGCUCAGCGGCCCAAGUUUGCUGCCAAACUGAUGCAGGAGAGCCGGAUCAAUUCUGCAACGUUGCACAGUAGUAAGGAGCAUAUGCAGCGGCACAUUUGUUCCCUGCAAAUUGCACGGUUUUGCGGCGCCCAUGCUACUCUUAACGAUGAACAUCUUUCCGAAUUGUAUACGGCACUUAGUCUGCACUACGAAUACGCUUUCAACGUGUUCGGCCAGGGAUUGUUGCCGACCGAUAUGGGACCCUCUGAUCCGUACGUCUUACUGGCAGUACAAAUCAUGUACGACCGGGCCUGGAAGCAGCAACGCUCGGAACCGCUAGUGGAAGCGCUGUGUCUCCUGAACCAUCUGCUAUCGAACAGCAUUAACAACUUUCACGCCAAACUGCUCAGCAUGCAGCUGUAUCACCGUCUGGGACUGGUCGAGGCGGCCCACCGAGCGUACGAAUCACUUGACAUCAAGCACAUCCAGCUGGACUCGCUCGGGUAUCUGCACUGCGGUCAGCUUUGCAACGGGGGCUUUCCGGCCCUGGCCAAACAGAUCUUUGACCAGACGCUCAACUUCUUCAUCAACGAUCACCAGAACAGUGUGGAGUUCCUAAAGACCUCGUACAACUUUGGCUCCUUCUCGAAACUCAUCGAAUUUCUGGACUUCAGGGAUCGACUCUCGAAUAGUUUCCACUUUACGCUGAUCUCGGUCGAAGCUUUGCUGCUGGAGAUGGUCUGCUUCAGCGGAACUCUAGUCCAGAAUCUCGCCGCGUAUCGAUUGAUGCGGAUAAAGCCACACGAGGAUCGGAUCAAAUGGGAUGAACUUAGUGAUAAUCGGGAUUUGACCAUAUUCGUUAACUGGGAUCCUGUGGUAGAUUAC